AAAGAAGAGUAAUUUCUAGCAGUGAAGCUCCAAGUGAGACCAGCGUGCAGAGUCCUUGCCACGUGCGCGCCGCGGUUAAGUGGCUGGGAGACUAAAACGAGCCGUCGGAAGAGGGCCGGGUGUGAGUGUCAGGUCGGCGCAGCUUGCGGGGCGAUAGCAAGCUCGAGGGGAGGCCUUCUCGCCGGCGGACGGACCGACGAACAGGCGGGCGGGCGGACGCGGGCCCAGAGGGAUGUGGCUCGUGGGUGUGUACCUGUGGGUUGGCGUGGCGCUCGCCUGGGCGCCCGCGCAGCCCCGCAGCCCAUAUCGCCCCUUCAACCUGAGCUCUUUAGCGGCGCUCUCGUCUUCUUUCAAACCGGCCGCCCCCGGGACGUUACUGCUGGAGUCGCCCGGCGUGGCGACGGAGAACAAAGUGGAGCGGCUCGGGCGGGCUUUCAAGCGGCAGGUGAGGCAGCUGCGGGAGAAGAGCGGCCGCCUGGAGCUGGUCUUCCUGGUGGACGAGUCGUCGAGCGUGGGCCAGGCCAACUUCCUCAGCGAGCUGCGCUUCGUCAAGAAGCUGCUCUCCGACUUCCCGGUCGUGCCCACGGCCACGCGGGUGGCCAUCGUUACCUUCUCCUCCAAGAAUAACGUGGUGCCCCGCGUGGACUACAUCUCCCCUCCGAGUCGGGCGCAGCAGCGGCAGCACAAGUGCGCCUUACUCAGCCGCGAAAUCCCGGCCAUCAGCUACCGAGGAGGCGGCACCUACACCAAGGGGGCUUUCCAGCAGGCCGCGCAAAUACUGGUUCACUCCCGCGUAAAUGCUACCAAAGUGAUAUUUUUGAUUACGGAUGGAUAUUCCAAUGGAGGGGAUCCUCGGCCCAUUGCAGCAUCCUUGCGUGAUUUUGGAGUAGAGAUCUUCACAUUUGGGAUAUGGCAAGGCAAUAUCAGAGAGCUGAAUGACAUGGCUUCUCACCCAAAGGAGGAACACUGCUACUUGCUCCACAGUUUUGCCGAGUUUGAAGCUUUAGCACGCAGAGCCCUUCACGAAGAUCUGCCGUCUGGUAGUUACAUUCAGGAAGACAUAGCAUAUUGCUCCUAUCUUUGUGAAGGGACUGAAAAUUGCUGUGAUACCAUGGCAAGCUGCAAAUGUGGUACCCACACAGGACACUUUGAGUGUAUCUGUGAAAAAGGAUACUAUGGCAAAGGACUACAGCAUGAAUGCACAGCCUGUCCAUCUGGAACCUAUAAGCCUGAAGGUUCACCAGGUGGAAUAAGCACCUGUAUCACAUGUCCUGAUGAAAAUCACACUUCUCCACCAGGAAGUACUUCUAUUGAGGACUGUAUAUGCAAGGAAGGGUAUCGUCCUAGAGGUAAAUCAUGUGAAGUGGUUCACUGCCCUGAGUUGCACCCUCCGGAAAAUGGCUAUUUUAUCCAGAAUGUCUGCAACAAUUACUUCAAUGCUGCUUGUGGAAUCCGAUGUAAAACAGGAUUUGAUCUCGUUGGAAGUAGCAUACGACUUUGCCAGCCAAAUGGUGUAUGGUCUGGUUCAGAGACAACUUGCAGGGUUCGCACAUGCCCCAAACUCUCAAGCCCUCAAAACGGCCAUAUUAAUUGCUCACUGAGUGAGAUCUCCUAUAAGACGGUGUGCUUAUUCACUUGCAAUGAAGGCUAUGAACUGGAAGGCAACACCAAACUUACCUGCCAAGGCAACUCACAGUGGGAUGGGAAGGAACCAAAAUGUGUUGAGUUGCAUUGCCCUGCCUUCCAAAAACCAAAAAGUGUUAUUGUUCACCCUUAUAUUUGUGGGCUUGAACAAUCAACAUAUGGAACUGUGUGCCGGCUCAGUUGUCCAAAUGGAUUCUUUUUGUCUGGUGUUAGAGAAGAACUGAGGUGUUUAAACACUGGAAAAUGGAGUGAAGAUCUGCAGAAAGCUUUUUGUAAAGACAUUGAACCUCCCCAAAUUAGCUGUCCAAGUGACAUUGAAACAUCAACUCUGGAAAACCAGAAUGCUGCAAAUAUUAGCUGGCAGGUUCCAGAUGCAGUCGAUAAUUCUAGAGAUGAGGUGUUAGUUCAGGUUACUCCAGCAUUUAUACCACCUUACCUUUUCCCAAUUGGAGAAGUUGACAUUACAUAUACAGCAACUGACAGAGCUGGCAAUGAGGCAAGCUGCUCUUUCAAGAUCAAAGUGAUUGACACUGAACCCCCAGUAAUUGAUCAAUGCAGAUCUCCACUACCAAUUCAGAUCACUGAGAAGGAGCACAGAGUAAUGUGGGAUGAGCCACAGUUUUCAGACAAUUCAGGAGCCGCCUUAAUAAUAACUAAAACCCACUCACCUGGAGAUCUCUUUCCCAAAGGUGAAACAGUGGUUCAGUACACAGCCACUGACUUGGCUGGAAAUAAUAGGACCUGUGAGCUUAACAUUGUCAUCAGAGGUUCUCCUUGUGAAAUUCCCUUUACUCCAGUGAAUGGUGAUUUUAAAUGCACUGAAAAUGAGACAGGAGUUAACUGCACAUUACUUUGCAUGGAGGGAUAUGAUUUCACCACAGGUUCCAAUGAAAAUUACUAUUGUGCUUAUGCAGAUGGUAUCUGGAACCCUCCUUACUCUACUGAGUGGCCUGACUGUUCUUUGAAUCGUUUGGCAAAUCAUGGUUUUAAAUCCUUUGAAAUGUUGUAUAAAGCAACACGAUGUGAUGACAAUAACCUUCUUAAAAAUUUUGUGGAAGUUUUUCAAAGUGCACUUGGUAAAAUGGUUCCAUCAUUUUGCAAUGAUGUUGAUGACAUUGACUGCAGGCUUGAGGAUUCACCACAGAAACAUUGCUUAGAAUAUAAUUAUGACUAUGAAAAUGGCUUUGCGAUUGGUCCUGGAGGCUGGGGUGCCAUAAAUCGGCUGGAUUACUCUUACGAUGAUUUUGUUGAAGUAGAUCCUGAAGAGGAACAACCUAAAUUAAUAUCUGAUUCUGUAGAUGUGGCAAACUCCCGGGUCAAAAGACAUAAAAAAACAAACAUGCCCAUGUCAGACCACAAAAUAAAGUUAAUUUUUAAUAUCACUGCUAGUGUACCACUGCCUGACAAACGCAAUGAUUCUCUGGAAUCAGAAAACCAACGACGCCUUCUAAAAACACUAGAGAAGAUCACAAACAGGUUGAAAAGAACGCUCAACAGGCAUCCCAUGUAUUCUUUUCAGUUGUCUUCUGAAUUGCUUAUAGCUGACACCAAUUCUCUAGAAGCUGAAAGGGCUUUUCUGUUUUGCAAACCGGGCUCUGUUCUACGGGGGCGAAUGUGUGUUAACUGUCCUUUGGGUACUUACUAUUCUCUGGAACAUCAUGCAUGUGAAAGUUGCUGGAUUGGAUCAUAUCAAGAUGAGGAAGGACAGCUAGAAUGUAAAAAUUGUCCAUCUAACACCUAUACAGAAUAUCUCCAUUCUAGAAGCGUAUCAGAAUGCAAAGCUCAAUGCAAGCCGGGAACCUAUUCUCCCAAUGGCCUUGAGAUCUGUGAAUCAUGUCCCCUUGACAAAUACCAGCCUACCACUGGAUCUAAGCACUGCAUUUCUUGUCCAGAAAAUAUGUCAACAGUCAAAAGAGGAGCUGUGGAUAUUUCAGCAUGUGGAGUUCCUUGUCCGGCUGGAGAAUUCUCAAGGUCUGGUUUAAUGCCGUGCCAUCCUUGUCCCAGGGACUAUUACCAACCUGAUCCAGGAAAGUCCUACUGCUUAUCUUGCCCAUUUUAUGGAACAACAACAAUAAUUGGGGCCAGAUCUAUAGCGGACUGCUCAAGUUUUGGCUCUACUUUCUCUGCAGCGGAGGAGAGUGUAAUGCUUCCAGUUGCUCCAGAAAAUAUCAGCAAGGAUCACAAAGUCAGCAGCCAGGUGUUCCAUGAAUGUUUCCUGCAACCCUGUCAUAACAGUGGAACUUGCAAACAGGUUGGAAGUGGUUACGUUUGCAUAUGCCCACCAGGAUAUGCAGGAUUAAAAUGUGAAAAAGAGAUUGAUGAAUGCAAGUCAUCCCCCUGCCUCAACAAAGGGAUUUGCAGGGACGGCACUGCGGCAUUCAUUUGCCAGUGUCCACCAGGGUACUCAGGCUUACUGUGUGAAGAAAAUGUAAAUGAAUGCAGUUCAAAUCCUUGUCUGAAUAAAGCAGUCUGUGUUGAUGAUAUUAACUCUUACCAUUGCUUGUGUGCAGAAGGUUUCACAGGUACUCACUGUGAAGCAGAGAUAAAUGAAUGUCUUUCAAAUCCCUGCUUCAACAAAGCUACCUGUGAAGAUCAGGUUGGAGGUUUCCAUUGCAAUUGCUUACCUGGAUUUAUUGGUGCUCUGUGUGAUAAAAAUAUUAAUGAAUGUCUCAGUAGACCUUGUAAAAAUGGAGCCACAUGCAAAGAUGGAAUCAAUGGUUAUAGGUGUCACUGUGUUACAGGAUAUACAGGGCCCCAAUGUGAAGUGAACAUCAAUGAAUGUGAAUCCAGUCCCUGUGAAAAUCAAGCAACCUGUCUGGAUGCCUUGAACUCAUACGUUUGUAAAUGUCCUCCUGGCUUUACAGGCAGCAGGUGUGAAACAGAGCAGUCUUCUGGAUUUAAUAUGAACUUUGAAGUCUCUGGAAUCUAUGGCUACGUUUUGCUUGAUGGUGUCCUCCCCUCACUCAGUGAGAUCACAUGCGCAUUUUGGAUGAAAUCCUCCGAUACUACAAAUUAUGGGACUCCAAUUUCUUAUGCAGUGGAAAAUGGAAGUGACAAUGCAUUUUUGAUUACAGAUUACAAUGGAUGGGUUCUUUAUGUUAAUGGGAAGGAAAGUAUUACCGAUUGCCCUUCUGUGAAUGAUGGCAAUUGGCAUCAUAUUGCUGUAACUUGGGCAAGUGCAGACGGAGCCUGGGGAGUGUAUAUUGAUGGAAAAUUAUCUGAUGGAGGCAGUGGCUUAUCUGUAGGAACAGAAAUCCCUGGUGGAGGUGCAUUAGUACUUGGACAGGAGCAAGAUCAAAGAGGAGAAGGCUUUAAUCCAGCGGAGUCUUUUGUUGGCUCAAUUAGCCAGCUGAACAUUUGGGGUUAUGUUCUGCCUCCUGAACAGGUGAAGUCCUUGGCUACGUCUUGUCCAGAGGAACUCCAGAAAGGCAAUGUAUUAGCCUGGCCAGAUUUUCUCCCUGGGGUUGUUGGAAGAGUGAAGAUAGACCCCAAGAGCAUAUUCUGUGCUGAUUGUCAACCUUUAGAAGGCUCCAUUCCCCACCUGAAAACUUCAUCAGCUACUUUAAAGCCAGGAUCAAAGGCCUCUCUCUACUGUGACCCAGGUUUCCACAUAGUGGGAAAUUCUGUCUUGCACUGUCUAAAUUUAGGACAAUGGGCACAACCUCUUCCACACUGUGAAAGAAUUAGUUGUGGAGAACCUCUACCUCUAGAAAAUGGAUUUUACUCUGCUGAGGAUUUCUUUGCUGGAAGCUCUGUUACCUACCAGUGCAACAGUGGUUAUUAUCUGUUGGGAGACUCAAGGAUGCUCUGUACAGACAGUGGAAGCUGGAAUGGUAUUUCACCAUCUUGCCUUGAUGUUGAUGAAUGUGCAGUUGGUUCAGACUGUGACUCCCAUGCCUCUUGCCUUAACACAAACGGAUCCUACAUAUGUACCUGCAUUCACCCAUAUAGAGGAGACGGCAAGAAAUGUGCAGAACCAGUAAAAUGCAAACACCCGGGAGAUCCUGAACACGGUCGGUCACAUGGGGUCAGCUACAGUGUUGGUAGCAAAAUCAGGUUUUCAUGUGAAAAAGGCUACCAGCUAAAAGGAGUCAGUCAAGUUACAUGUUUGGAAUCUGGAAAAUGGAGCCAUCUGAUACCGUUCUGCGAAGCUAUUUCCUGUGGUAUACCACCCGUUCCUAAAAAUGGUACAGCCGAUGGCUCCAAAUUUACAUUUGGUAGUAAAGUAACAUUCAGAUGUGAUGAAGGAUACAUUUUAGUGGGUGAAACAGAAGCAACAUGUCUAGCGAAUGGCAGAUGGAACCAUUCUUCUCCAUUAUGUGAAUUAGUAAAAUGUCCCCUCCCCAAAAAAAUAAAGAAUGGAAAAUAUGUCUUGAACGGUGUGAUGUACCUUUCUAACGUAUCCUACAUAUGUGACAUGGGGUACAGUCUACAAGGACCCUCUGUACUUGUAUGUGAAGAUUUAGGUAACUGGAGCAGCUCACCCCCAGAUUGUGAAAUCAUUUCUUGUGGCCUUCCUCCUGUAAUUAAAGAUGCUGUUGUUACUGGAAACAACUUUACCUUUGGGAACACUGUCACUUAUACGUGUAAGGAAGGCUACACAUUACUCGGCCCUGACACUGUGGAAUGCUUGUCCAGUGGCAAGUGGGGCCUCAGUCAACAACAGUGUGUGGCGGUAUCCUGUGACGAACCGCCUCCUGUGGAACAUGCUUCUCCAGAGAGUGGUCAUCGAUUAUUUGGCGAUAUAGCGAUCUACUAUUGCUCUGAUGGGUACAGUCUGGCUGGCAAUUCCCAGUUACUUUGCAAUUCCCAGGGCAAAUGGGCACCCCCUGCAGACAAAGAUAUUCCUGAGUGCAUAGCUGACUUCUGCGAGAGGCCAGUGUCUGUGUCAUACAGCAUCUUGGAAUCUUCAAACAAGGCCAGAUUUGCAGCUGGGUCAGUUGUGAGCUUCAAGUGUAUGGAAGGUUUUAUUUUAAACACUUCUGCUAAAAUUGAAUGUGUUCGAGGUGGCCAGUGGAACCCUUCUCCUUUGGCUAUCCAGUGCAUCCCUGUUCGUUGUGGAGAACCAGCAAGCAUUGCAAAUGGGUAUUCAAUUGGCACAAAUUACAGUUUUGGAGCCAUUGUGGCUUAUAGCUGUAUUAGAGGCUACUAUAUCAAAGGAGAGAAGAAGAGAACAUGUGAAGCAACAGGAACUUGGAGUGGUACGAUGCCAACUUGUCAUCCUGUGUCCUGUGGUGAGCCACUAAAACUUGCAAAUGGAAUGAUUAAGAAUAUAACAGGACGUUUCUUUGGAAGUGAAGUGAGAUACCAGUGUGAUGAAGGUUACCAGUUGAUUGGAAGUGAAAGGUUAUUUUGCCAAUCAAAUCGUCAAUGGUACAGUGAAGCACCACCUUCUUGUGUGAUCCUCAAUUGUGGAGAACCACCUACUUUCCAGCAUGGAUUCAGCAAGGGAAAAAAAUUUGAAGUGGGAGCCAAAGUCACUUUUUUUUGUGAUGAAGGCUAUGAAUUGAUUGGAGAUGUUUCUUGGACCUGUCAGAAGUCUGGAAUGUGGAACAAAAAACAAAGCCCCCACUGUGUCCCAACUAAGUGUCCAGAGCCACCAUUAACUGAGAAUCAACUUGUCUUGAAGGAGAUGGCUGAUCAAGUAGGGGUAGUACAGUUGUCAUGCAGAGAGGGCUUUAUUUUGUAUGGUGCUUCCAUCCUGAAAUGUUUGUCAUCCCAACAGUGGAAUGACUCUUUUCCUGUCUGCAAAAUGGUACUCUGUCGUAGACCUCCUUAUAUUCCUUUUGGGGACCCUGUGGUGUCUUCCCUGCAUUUUGGUAGCACAGUGAGCUAUACAUGCAUGGAUGGAUUUUUGCUGAAGGGAACAUCUACCAUUAUUUGCCAAGCAAAUGGUACAUGGAGUUCUCCACUCCCAGAAUGCAUUCCAGUAGAAUGCCCACAGCCAGAAGAAAUUCAGAAUGGUAUUGUAGAUGUGCAAGGACUUACCUAUCUCAGCACGGCACUGUAUAAUUGUAAACCAGGUUUUGAGUUGAUAGGAAACAUGACAAUUCUUUGUGGAGAAGAUGGACGAUGGCUGGGAGGAAAGCCUUCUUGCAAACCUAUUGAAUGCUCCAGACCCAGGGAGAUUAAGAAUGGCCGAUAUUCAUACAUUGAUCUAUACUACAGACAGACAGUUACCUACUCAUGUGACAGAGGAUUCCAGCUUGAGGGGCAGAGAGUUCUAACCUGCCUGGAAACAAGGGAAUGGGAUGCAGGGGCUCCAUCUUGUAGAGCAAUUAACUGUGAUCCUCCCCAGCCUAUUGAGAACGGGUUUGUAGAAGGUGCAGAUUACAGCUAUGGUGCCCUGGUUAUAUACAGCUGUAUUCCAGGAUUCCAGCUUUCUGGUCUUGCUAUGCAGAUCUGUGAGGAAUCAGGAUGGUCUAGUGUUAGUCCAGUAUGUCUACUAACAGACUGUGGCCUUCCUCCCCAUAUAGACUUUGGUGGGUAUGUAACAAUCAGCAGUGAAGAAAAGCAUCUUGGCCAAGAAGAUAUAUUGGAAGAGAGCUUCCUUAUUACUAGCCAAUCUCAUUUAUCUCAGAAAGACACACAACAUUCCUCAAAAGCCAUUAAUAGUUUACCACUAUCGGGCUAUUUAUAUGGGACUACAGUAUUGUAUAGUUGCUAUUCUGGCUAUGAACUCUUAGGAAAUUCCAUUCUAGCUUGCCAAGAAGAUGGAAUGUGGAAUGGUAGUGCUCCUAUCUGCCUUUCCAUUCAAUGUGAAUUACCACUGUUUCCAGAAAAUGGCUUUGUACAUUUUACAGAGAACACUAUGGGUAGUACAGUGAAAUAUACUUGUAAGCCAGGGUAUAAGCUGAUUGGAUCAGAUACAAGACAUUGUAUGUCUAAUAGGCAGUGGAGUGAUUCAGCACCAACCUGUGAGAUAAUAUCAUGUGCAGUGCCUGGCAGACCCAUGAAUGGCAUAGUAAAAGGAGAAUCCUACACAUAUGGCAGUGUUGUCCAGUAUGAUUGUGAUCAUGGGUUUCAGAUAAAUGGUUCAGCUAAGAGAACCUGCCAGUCUGAUCAAAAAUGGGAUGGAAAUGAGCCAUUAUGCAUUCCCAUUUCCUGUAGCCAAGCUCCCUAUUUAGAGAAUGGUGAAGUGAGUGGAGAAGAAUAUACAUUCCAAAACUAUAUUAAAUACAGCUGCAAAGAAGGUUUCCUGUUGGAAGGGGAUCGGAAGAGAGUCUGUCUUGCAGAUGGAAAUUGGAAUGGGAGCACUCCAGUGUGUAGGCUAGUCCAAUGUUCUGAACCAGUGAAACUUGUUCACGGGCAGAUAAUUGGAUCAGAAUUUGGCGUUGGAAAGAGAAUUAAGUAUUUCUGUGAUGAAGGGUAUAUAUUGCGUGGUACACUCUUACGUACCUGUCAAGCUAAUGGUACAUGGGAUAAAGAACCUCCAUUCUGUGAACCUGUCAACUGUGGGCCUCCUGAGGACAUCUCUCAUGGUCUCCUGAAUGGUUCUGUCUUUAGUUAUGGGGAAUAUGUAGAGUAUGUUUGCUUCCCUGGUUAUGAGUUGCAGGGUAAUCCAGUGAGGCAAUGUCAGUCCAAUGGUUUAUGGAGUGGAAGACCCUCUUCUUGCCUACCUUGUGAAUGCCCUGUACCGACCAUUCAGAAUGGGAUAGUUAUAGGUAACCAUUUUGGCUGUGGCAAGAAGAUAGAAUUUCAAUGCCUAGAUGGUUUCAAACUGCUAGGACCUUCAGAAAUCACUUGUGAAGCUAUUGGCAGAUGGAGUUCUGGCCUUCCACACUGUGGGCUGAUUUCAUGUGGCCCUCCACCCAUGAUUCCCAAUGCGUUUAUCAAUGGGGGCAGCUCUGUGGAUCAAAACACCAUAAUUUAUAAUUGUGAAAUGGGUUAUGUGAUGCAAAGAAGCUCGGAAUUGACAUGUACAGAAACAGGGGUCUGGAGUAGACCAUACCCAAAUUGCACAUUACUGACCUGUGGACCACCACCUUUUGUGCCUCAUGCAGUUGCUUUUGGAGAAUCACAAGACUAUGGAAGUAAAGUUCAAUACAGGUGUCUGGAGGGUUAUGUGAUGGAGACAGAAGUGGAUAUAUGCACCUGUCAGGAAGAUGGGCACUGGUUCCCUAACAUAUCCUGUUGCCCCAGAAAAUGUCCCAUGCCACCAAAUAUAACCAAUAUUAUCAUUAUUGGAACUGAAUUUACUGUGAAUAAAAGCAUUACCUUAUCAUGUCCAGAAGGCUAUCUUUUGAUUGGUACCAACACUUCCAUAUGCCAGCAUGAUGGGACCUGGGUACCAUUAUUUUCAAAUGAGAUAUGCACUCCUGUCUCCUGUGGAAAACCUGAAGCUCCAGAACACGGGAUUGUGAUUAGCAGCCAAUACAGUUACAGUGAUGUUGCUCUUUAUAAAUGCGACUUGGGUUACGAGUUAGAAGGUGAUGCAGAACGCAUCUGUCAAGGAGAUAAAUUAUGGAGUGGAGUAACACCAGUGUGUAAAAAAAUAUCCUGUGGUUCCCCUGAACCAAUAGAUAAUGGAUCUGUUAUUGGCAAAGACUUUUUACCUGGAGAUGAAGUUCUCUACAGUUGUAAUCAGGGAUAUGAGUUAAAGGGACCAACUCGAAGGAUCUGUCAUGUUAACAAGAAAUGGACCCCAUUAGCUCCGACAUGUGUGAGCAUAAGAUGUGAAGCCCCUCCAACAGUAGCAAAUGCAUUUUCCAUAGCCAGAGAAAAUAUGUACAGAAGUAAUAUAUCCUUUGUAUGCAAUUUUGGAUAUCACUUACUUGGACCUGAGAACAUCACCUGUUUGGCUAACGGAUCCUGGAGUCAACCCCUUCCAACAUGUGAAGAAACCAGAUGUGAAGAUCCAGGAUUGAUUGAGAAUGGAAAUGCUGUCUCUGAAAAUAAUACAGUGGGUAGCAGAGCUGCAUAUUACUGCAAUAGGGGCUACAGUUUGGAAGGAGAACCGAUUGCAGAAUGCAUGGAAGCCGGAACUUGGAGCCACCCAACACCUUUCUGCAAACCAAAUCCAUGCCCUGUACCUAUUAUAAUCCCAGAAAAUGCCAUCCUCUCAGAAACAACAUUUUAUGUUGGGCAAAAGGUGUUUAUCAAAUGCAGAGAAGGCUAUCAACUUCGGGGACACUCUGUUAUUACUUGUAAUCCUGAUGAGGCCUGGACUCCUACCAGAGCUAAAUGUGAGAGGAUCUCUUGUGGGCCACCUGCUCACGUAGAAAAUGCUUUGGUCCGUGGAACAUUUUACCAAUAUGGAGACGUGGUGACCUACUCAUGCUACAGCGGAUACAUGCUAGAGGGCUCCCUUCGAAGUGUCUGUUUAGAGAACGGAACCUGGACGAUACCACCAGCUUGCAAAGCUGUUUGCCGGUUCCCGUGCCAGAAUGGUGGCAUCUGUGAGCGGCCAAAUGCUUGUUCCUGUCUUGAGGGUUGGAUGGGACGCCUUUGUGAAGAGCCAAUCUGCAUCCUGCACUGUUUGAACGGAGGCCGAUGUGUGGCACCUUACCAAUGCGACUGCCCAACUGGAUGGACUGGGUCGCGCUGCCACCAGGCUGUUUGUCACUCUCCAUGCUUAAAUGGUGGGAAAUGUAUACGACCAAAUCGGUGCCACUGUACUUCACCAUGGACUGGACAUGACUGCUCUAGGAAACGGAAACCUGGAUUCCACCACUUUUAAUUUAAGAGCAAAGACUAUGAACACUCUGAUUCCAAUCCAGUGGGCCUUGGUACUACAGUCACUGUAAAAUCAAAUACAGUGGGUUUUUUAAAACUGUUUUGAAAUUAUUAUUAUUAUUAUUAUAUUUUUCUUAUACAUUUAAUUUUGAAUGGAAGCAUCUUUAUGUUUUUUUUCUCUUGCAGAAGUAUAUCAUCCAUGUUAAAUGUUGCUGCUGUCAAUACACACAAAUGUACAAAUGUUGUUCACUGAAAGAGAAAACCUUACAGUCUUUUGUAUUAUGGGUGCAAAGCCCUUUGCCUAAGUUGUGUUUCAUGGCCAAAAAAGAUGCUGGGAUUGGGGAUGAAACUUGAUUUGACUCAUAUUUCCUUUCCCCCAUCCACCUCAUUCACCCACAAAAUGGAAGUGAAUGCAUGAGACAAAGAACUGUGAUCAACCAGUUCUUCAGUCUUACCUUCUUAUACUCUGUCUCUUGCCCAUUGUUGGAUCUGCUAUUGGAAACAAUUCAGAAAUAGAGGGAAUGUUAAGACAUGGGAAAGGGGAAAAUUCAGUGUCUCCAUCAUGGUCCUUUUAUAUGCUAAAAUACCCCAUAUCUUGAAUUUUAUAAGUGAAUGAGAUGAAUAAUAAAUGAUUGCCCUAUCAGAUCUGGUUUUGGUCUGAUAUAACUUCUGCAAACUAUUCGUCUAUUUCAUUACGGUAGUUGCAAGAGGGAUAAUAUUUAGUUACUGUUGUCUGAUGGAACAAACUGGAAUCUGAAGCUUUAAGCAUUCCAAAAAGCUUGAAGCUGUUAAAUAAGAAUAUUAUAUUUUCAAAAUAAAUUAAUAAAUAACUGCCACCAACCCCUGCCUCCAGAGAUUUGUUGCUGGCUGUUAAAAUCAAGCCUGUUUACUGGGAAAGUAUUCAUUGUUAUUUUACUGUGGAUAAAUAUUUAAAACAUACUGUAUAUGCAUACAUGGAUUUGGUGAAUGAUUACCAUUUAGUUCAAAAUAAAUAAAACAGUAGUUGCUGUUCCCAUAAAAAGACAUGAAAAUUAGAUUUCAUGUUUUUGAUAUUAUUUGCCAGGGCACACCACUUGUCCAAACAGGACAAAUAGCUCCCUAUUUCCAUUGAAACUAAUUACUAGUUGUUGCUUAUCCCGGAUUUAAAAUAUAACAUGUUUUUAACAUUCCUCAACAUACUUAUUUCUCAGGAAAAGAACUGCUGAGUCCCAAGUGAAAGGACAGAAUGGCUACCCUGGGUAUCCAGAGUAAUGCAAAAAGGCAGUAGUUAAAUACUGUAAUAAUUAUAUCCAGAGACAUCAGCCAGAAUAAUUUAGUUACUGCUAAAAUUAAAAGGUGAAAAGGAGGAAGGAAAACUAAUGUAUGCUGUUCCUUAAUUUACUUUCCUUAUUACUUUCCUGUCAGAAAGUAUGUUCCUAUUGCAGUAGAUGCAUCUACAUUAGCCAUUUUUUUCUCAAAUAGAACUUCUCAAAGCAAUUCAGGCCCAUAAUCUCGUUGCAUUUCCCUUUCUCCUUCUCUUUCACUGCUCAGUUGUAACAGUUUUAUUUUGGGCUUCAGAUGAGGAUGAAACCUACUCUUUCUGUAAGCUAAAUCUAAAAGGUGGACAUAGCAUUGAAUGUGUAGGGAGGAAUAGCCUAACUGCUCUAAUUUUCCACAGAGAAGAGUUUCCUGAUAGGUUUGAUAAUGACAAUGUCUGAAAUAAUAGGUUUGAAAAGUCAGUGUCUUUUUCCUCGUUUUUUUCCUCCCCUCGUAAUGAAUUAUUUGCUCAUAUUGUACCUGCUAAUUUCUUUUUAUUUAACAUAGAGAACUCUUGCCAAUAAAGUAGGGACAAGACACUCCCAACUUGAGAUCUACCCCUAAGGAUUAUACCAACAUACAUUUCUCUUGACAAUAGUAUGGAGGAGGUUUGCUCUUGCCUUCCGGGAUUUUUUAAGAGAGACUUGAACAUUUUAGAUGAUGUCCCAUCCAAGUACCAGCCAUGCCCAAUUCCGCUUAGCUUAGGAACCCAGAGUAAGACAGCCAGGUGCUACCAUUCACAAUGCAAGAAUAUUGAUUAUGAACAUAUUAAAGCAAAGCAUAGUUAGCCUCCAGUGAAAGACUUAUGUCAGUUGCUGUGGGGUUUUGUGGUUUGGAGUGAUAUGGACAGAAAGCAGUUUACACACAUCGAGUUUUUAGGAGCAAUGUAGUACAAUUGUCCACAAUUGCUUAAAUUGUUCAGGUUGCACACUUUUUUAAAAUUGUUUUGGCAAUACUACAAACCAAAACAUCUGCAAAUCUUUACAGAUGAUAAGAAAAAAAAACAGGGAAUGUGAUUAAUUCAUAUCUGUCGUAUACUGCAUAUAUUUAUAAAUACUAUGCCACCCUCUUAUAAUUUGUUGUGUGGAUAGGGGCUACAAGAUAUUAGUUAGGAGAAAAUAGCCCAGUGUGUAGAUCCACCACUGUAAUUCCACUUCCAGUUUAUUGGGGAAACUGCAUUACAGUAUAGAAUCGAGUAAUUGUAGCUUGUAUGAUCACAUUAUUUAUCCAUAAUAAUUUUUGGAGCACGUACACGUUCUUCCCUUCUCAGGCAUGCUUGCAUAUGUUUAUAAUUUUACAGUCAAGUUCUUGCAAAGGAUUUUUAGUGAUUUAGAAGGAACAAGCAGACCUAAUUUUUUUUCUCCUAAGCAUUUUCAAAAUUAAGAAGCAAAAGAAAAUUGAAACGUAUGUUCAGUUUUAAUCAGGAAGCAAAACGUAGCCUUGUCCCUCUGAGAGACAGCGAUGUGCUCGUUACUGCAACAGCAAUUAGUAAAUAAAUUUAGCAAUAACUUUUCUUGUAAGAAGCUGUUUUUCCCCCUCAUUCUAAGGGCAUCUGUUAUUAAAACUGAAAUACACAUUAGCUUAUUCAAGCUCUUCCAGAAAAUAUAGUGCUAAUGUUUUCAGUGGCUAGCUUAUCUUGCUAGUGAGCUUUAAGAGGACUUCCAGUUCUACUUUGCUUUGUAAUAUAUGCAGCCCAUUCUAAGAAAUCAGUUUCACCAGUCCUACUCCCAGUGGGCCAGUUCUUGAGUAAGUGUGUAUAGGAUUUCAGCUAUAAGAAAAGCUUCAUAAAAUGGAAACGGUACUCUAAAUUAACCAUCAUCAUGGUUCCUUUUUCUUUGCAAGAUCCCUUCUUUUCCUACUUAUUCAUACACUGUGUGUAUGAAUGGCUGUAUUCUGAGCCAAGAUAUUUCUGUUCUGGGAAAUGGUAGAAGAUAAUGUACAAUAAGGAAGCCAGAUUGCUUAUUUUCAGUACUAGCAGUUCAUACAUUUUCCCAUUUAUUUGGAUUAAUAUACAAGGUGCAAAAUCUGACCUAGAAAGGAUUCACAAGGUGUAGGUCUGCAGGUAGGCAGUGUGAUGCCUAAAGGGAAAAAGCAGGAGAGUCAAAAUUAGGUGGUUGUUCGUAGUGUUACAUCCUUAGAAAAAUCGUUGCUUUUUAAUUUACAGUUUAAAUGCAUAAAAUGUGUUGUAACUGAUGUCACCACCUGUCUUGUGUUUCAACCAUUUCUGUGUGAUGCACUUUACAUUGUAAAUAAAGUUGCAGCCCAUUUAGUACCUGUAA